AUGGUUGAAUUCAAAGUUAAAGUUGGUACUCUUACCCAUGGUGUUGUAACCGUUUCAGUUAGUUCAGAAGAUACUAUUGCAUCUUUAAAAGAUAGAUUAGUUGGCCCAACUGGUGCCCCAAUCGAUCAACAAAUCAUUCUUUUGAAUGGGUCGCUUUAG